UUACUGUUUAAUCAUACCUUAGAUAGAUAUACAGGUUCACUGAACAAUGCACUACUUGUUUAAAAUGCGUUUCCUAUUGAUACAUUAAUGUUUUUUAAACUUAUAGCACAUACUAAGGAUAGCAGACAAACGGAGCCAAAGCAUGCUUCGUAAAGCUGUAAUGAAGUGGUAUAUGACUGUCGUCGAUGAUUUCUAUAGAAAGAAAGGUACUGAGAAGGUAUAACCAUGUCCGACACCAGAGAAAAUGAUGUGAGGAAUUGCAACGUUGGACUGAAAGUCCGUUCUAACUUCAAGCAUGGUGUGUUUUUAGUCUUCAAAUCCUCUGACAUAGACAAAAUUAGCCAUGUUGCUUCUGCAUUAAGAAGCUACUCAAUUCGUUGCAUUUAUGAUAACAAUGAUCACAAAGUAUUUCCUAUCGGACAAAUUGUUUUCAAAAGUAUAGUAGAAGGCAUAGAAAACUCCGAAAAGACCUUGCUAUUACUUAGCAGAAACUCUAUAGACAGUACGUGGGUUUUGCUAGAGACUGUCCUUGCGCUUGAGCAAUCGAAGAAAAGGAACGAACUGACCCUACGGAUAGUACUUAAUGGCGUCAAUGAACAUGAUAUACCAUUUUUGAAGAGAGAAUUCUUGGCUUCAGUGCCCCAUAGGACGUUGGAUUUCAAUAAGGAAGGUUGGGAAGAGCGACUUGCAAAUUACGUGAAGGAGGACAUACAACUACCAGACAUCCUUCCAGUGGGAAGUCUAGCACACGGGCUUGUAUUUUCACAUUUUAUUGGAUACUACAGAUAUGUUCUACCAGAACUGAGGAGACGUCUCCAAGAUCAUCCAAUAUACCGGAACAACCCAGGCAGAGUAUCUACGAAGUAUUACUUACUUCUUCCAAGCAGCUGCAAGGUUGAGGAUAGUCUCGCAGGAACUGACGUUACGAACAAGAUCUCUAUAGAAAAGGAAACUAAACUGAUGAUUGAGGUGCAUCAUUCAGGAAAACCAAGAGAAAUUUAUAUCACUGUCUAUAGUAUAAAGAAGGAAGGGGAGGAACCUUUCUAUUUUUUUGCGGACUGUCCAAACGUGUUGAAUGCCAUAUAUACAAUGUCAGUGGACACAUUAGCAAAAGUUGAUAUACCGUUCCAUGUAGCCCGGUUCUACUAUACGAUGAACGAAGUCAUAAACCAUACUCUGAAUAAAGACUGCAAUGGUGUUGUCGAGCUGCUCCGGUACAAUGAUUCAACUGAGUCUAGGGAAUGUGUUUUGUAUGAGGCAAUCAAACGCACACUAUGUACAACAGACUCAGUUACCAAACAAAUUCUGCAUCGAGAUUUGCCUCCCCAAACUUCACAACCACAAACCGAUGUCACAAUUUUAUGUCAUCCUGACUGCGAGAAAGACCUUCAUAUUGCAGAAACAAUUGCAACUUACCUCGAAAAGAAAGGAUUUAAAGUUAAAAGGGACUUCGGUGCAGAAGGGGCAAAUGAAACAGUGAUGAAAAUUGCAAAGGCAAAAUGGUACAUUUUCGUGAUAUCCAGAAAUACGUUGGACUUCACAGAUACGACAGCACGCAAAUGUAUUACGUGUCUGCAGUGUAGCAUAUCCGAUGACUCGCUUUGCGUUUUGCCUGUAUUAGUUGAUGUUGAACCACGAGAACUUCCUUCUUUGAUCAAAUGGGUAACAUUGAUCAGCGCAAAUGACCCAAGUUACUGCGAUGUCAUACUGCAAACUAUAUCGGGUCAACCUAUAAAGAUGCAAUACAAGAUCCCAUGUGGAGACAUUGCAACAGGUCUAGCUUGGGCAGCCUACAUCAACUACCUCUCGAUCAUAAUGAAACCAGGAAUACAUGCCAGAAUAGUACAGUUAUUACAAAGGCAAGGACUACAGUGUGGCUGCAUUGAAAAGUUGUUUAUCAUCGUGCCGUCGUCUUGUAAGACAGAAACCAGCCUACACGAAAAGGCAAAUGAAAAGUCCAUACCCCCACCUAUAGAUUAUGUUGGGAAAACUGAACCGCUUGAAAAGAAUAUGGCUGGUCAGCACAGAACAUUUUACUUACAUAUGUACAAAUAUACAGACCAACAGAAAAAACAGAGCGUUUGCUUUAUGGCCGAAUAUUGUGCGUCUAUCAAUUGUCUUUUUGAAAUGAGCAAACUCCAGUUUGCUGGUUUGACAAGGGAAGAUAUGGAGAGGCAGUGCAGACAAUUCGUAUGUACAAUGACAGACAUAAUGAACCGUAAAGCUGUAAAAGAUCGACUGGGAGAUAUCAGCCAUUUAGUUGAAUUCGUCUUUUAUGAAGACACAAAGAAAACGUUGCUGAAUGCAAUUCAUGAGCAGAUCAUACAAAAACAUAACACUGUUAUUACUGCGGACGGAAACAGAAAUACUGCAUGAAAAUACGGUAGUAGGCGUUGUGUCAGGUUUGCAGGAGGGACUGUAUAUAUCGUGUGCAUGGUUAAUUACCUGUGAUAUAUUCAUGUGUUUACCCAUAAUAUGUAUGAGCAUGAAACGUUACAAGGUUUAGUGUCACAUUUGCAUAUCUGUGAUAAAGCUCGUGACACCUCAAAUAACUUCCUACAAAUUUUCACCAUGACAAACUGCAAUAUGUUUAAUCAUUUAAAGAUAUGUACUGUCAUAUUUAUUUUCCAGUCUAUACUUUCAGUAUACAUGUUCUAUUAUCAAAGUGUCAUUACUCACAUAGUUACACUUCCGUAUUAAAUAUGAUGUCAUUUGUCUUAGUUGUUAUAGACGUUACUAUCUUAUGAUAUUUAAACAUAAUAGAUAUUAUAUAAAUACCAUUAUGGCAGCGUGUGUGACAAUAUCAGUGUCACACACGCUGCAAUAAUGGUAUUUAUUUUAUUAUACCGAACAAAACUAAACACAUAAAAAAGUUUUAAAAAUGUUUCUGGUUCAUUUAAUUCAACAGUUUCAUCUUUAGCGCGGUAAUCAUUUGUGUACACACUGAAUAGCGACGUCAUUACAAUAUGACAUUGUGUACAAGGGACGCAAUCAUAUGGCUAAAAACCUGAAGCAGUUAUUUGCCCUUAUAUGACAUUCAAAAUAUCAGCGCGGUCACAUGACCUGACAGUCACUUUCGCUUGGUCACGUGUCAAAAAGACUGAAAAUGUUUCUGAUAGUCAAAAUAUCUCCUUUUCUGGUAAUGGGAUUUUAACAUUGUAGACAAAAGUGAGGUAUAAUAAUGCAAAAUAUUACCUCUGGUCAUAUCAAAACUUUGCAAGCCUUCUGUGUGCUUUCAAUAUUUUUCACUAUAUCAUAUACGGUGCAGCGCAUUCGAUAAAAUCUCAUUCGUGUAAGUUUCCGAAAGUAUGAAUCUUUUUGAAAUAUCUAAAAAGUAUGUAAAUCUAUACUUUAUAGAAAGUUGUUCUUAAUCUCUAUGCAAAUGAAAUACUCUAAACAUAAGUGCAUCUGAUUACAAAAUUAAAACGGUGACUAAAGAUGAAAAAAUGUUUCACCAAUUACCAAGUUUUGAGCAAGGAUUAGGCCAGCAUUUUUUAAUUUUCUGGUUUAAGGGAGCGCCGACUCUAUUUUUUGACAAAACAGAAUAAAAAUAAAAGUCA